AUGUCUGGACAGUCACUGACGGACCGGAUCGCCGCGGCGCACCACAGCAUGACUGGCUCGGCUAUCGGCAAAGCAGUGUGCAAGGCCACGACACACGAAGUCAGCGCGCCCAAGAAGAAACACCUUGACUACUUGAUCCACUGCACCAACGAGCUGAACGUCAGCAUCCCUCAGCUCGCCGACACGCUGCUGGAGCGGACGGCCACCAAUAGUUGGAUCGUGGUGUUCAAGGCCCUCAUCACCACACACCACCUCAUGAUGUACGGCAACGAGAGAUUGAUGCAGUACGUAGCCUCGAGAAACACGCUCUUCAACCUCAACAACUUUCUGGAUAAGGCCGCACUACAAGGUUACAACAUGUCCACUUUCAUCAGACGCUACAGCCGGUACCUGAAUGAAAAAGCCAUGUCCUAUAGACUAGCAGCAGUGGACUUCACCAAAAUGAAGAGAGGUGCCGACGGCGUGAUGCGCACCAUGAACACGGAGAAGCUGAUUAAGACGCUGCCCAUCAUUCAGACACAGCUGGACGCUCUGCUGGAUUUCCAGCCAAAUUCAAACGAGCUGACCAACGGAGUGAUCAACACCGCCUUCAUGCUGCUGUUCAAAGACUCCAUACGGUUAUUUGCAGCCUACAAUGAAGGGGUCAUCAACAUGCUGGAGAAAUACUUUGACAUGAAGAAGAACCAGUGUAAAGAGGCCUUGGAGAUCUACAAGACCUUCCUGAACAGGAUGACCAAACUGUCCGAGUUCCUCAAAGUUGCCGAGGCGCCCAAUUCACUGCUCGAAGCGUUAGAGCAGCAUUUGGCCUCUCUGGACGGCAGGAAGCUGAAGGAUCUCUCCAUCGCCAGCAGCACUGGGAUCUCUUUGAGCCGAAUGGACGAGAAAGCUGAGGACAACAGGCUGCAACACAAGGAGGACGGUCCUAAAGUGCUUGACAUCCAGACGCCCACAGUGUCCCCCAGCACUCAGUCUGUGGGCAGUGCCAACAGCAGCGGAGGAGCCACAGACCUGUUCUCCAGCUCCCCCAUCGCCCCUGUCCACAGCCACAUGCCAGCCCUGAGCAGCGAGCUCUUCACCCUGCAGCCCACAUUCGCCCCCAUCCCGACCGCUCACACUGUGUCCAACAACAACAACCACGCCUGGGGAGGUGAUCUGCUCAAGCCAGCCCUCCCCACUCACAUCCACAGCCCCGGUGGCCCACUGCAUUCUGGGAAGAUGCUGCCCAGUGAUUUGGACUCGUCGUUAGCCAACCUCGUGGGCAACUUGCAUUUUGGAAGUGCACCUGCCAAAAAACCAGAGCUGCAGUGGGGAGGCCUGGUGGAGAAGAAGCCGUCCGGAGGCGGUGGAUGGCAGACCAAAACCAUGUGCACCAGCAACAACUGGGCCCACAGCACACACCCCAUGGCCCCUGCACCCAUGCCCGUCCCACAGAUGAAUGGGAUGAUCUAUACUGGCUAUGUUUCGUCCGGGUGCUCCAGUUUCCCCUACCAGCUCUCCCCAGCUCUGGUAGUCCUGACAGAGCCGAGCAUCAACAUCUGGAGAUCCAUCCCGGGCGCUGUUACUACGGCGACCACUGCUCCUGACGCUCCAGCACCAGUGGCUUUUCCUAUGACGACGCCUCAAGUGCCUGUGUAUGGAAUGCUGCCCCCUCAGAUGGGACAUCAUCAGAUGGGGGGUGUUCAAAUGAUGCCCCCUCAGCCUGUUAUGUACAACCAGCCUGUCCUGAGACCCACCAACCCUUUCGCGCCCAUCCCGGGAACUCAGAUGCACUUCAUGUAA